UGUUCCGUGACAGAAGACAGUUUGAAGAAGACAAAAGGUUACGAGAAUGUGAAUUUCUUCACUGUGCUGGCGAGUAAACAAGACGGUGGACAAUGUAUAUCCUCCAGACAGAGAGGCGAGGCAGGCAAAUCAGUCUGAAGUGUUGAAGCGUCCAGAGAAACUUCUCCUCAAACACAGAGCUGCUCAACUUCCCUGCUCUCCUACAAUUCCUCCAGAGGGUCCCUGUCAGCAGACAGCCAACAUGUUCUGCUUCAUACUGUACCUGGCUGCACUCAGCCUGAUACCAGGUACUGCUGCAACAAACCAGACAUUUACCAGUUCUGGGGAGAUGAACAUCACCUCGUGCCCCAUCACCUAUUAUGGACAGAAAUAUGACAAAGUCUAUGUGGCUUUCGAUGCUAACAAAUUUGCCGUUUGCUUCAAUGGCUUAUACAAACCUGGAAUCAAAAAUGACUGUAUCUUGAUGUCUGGAGGGACAGCUGACAGAGGUGACCUGGCAGUGCUUACUAAAGAAAUACCCACUGGAUCUGGGGUUCAUAAACUUCUGCCAAACCUUAAGAACGCCGGGAAAUGUGUCAACGUAAUACCUUUAAAAGACAGUCAACAUUCGGAAAUUGAACAAGUUGAACUUGGCAACUUUGGGACACAAGCAAUUCUGGCAAUCAGGACAUAUUCUGGGUACCCACAUGUUGAUGUUGAGGCAGAUGCACAAGUCGAUGGUCUGACAGUUUCUAAACAGACAUUCCAGACAUCUGAUACAAGCAAAGGUGUCAUCACAGAUGUGAGUGGAUGCAGACUUUCAGGUGUUGUUUAUAAGACAAAUACGACAGUAUGGGACCCAAGCAAAUGCUCUACCGUAUCCUGUGAUGUGAAUGGAGUUGCUAGUGCCGUCAGUGAUUGUGGACCAAUGGAGCGUUGCCAGGGCGAUGGGAGUUGCGCGUCGAUGUGCUCUGUGACCGGCUCCACUGUCAUCGAUUUUGUUGGCGGAGUUCACUCUGUCCUGGACCGGUGUGGGUACACUCUGAUGGAGCCCUCAGCGAUCCCAGGCUUCCGGGUGCUGGGAGUUUUCCAGGAAAGACGCCGUAAAGAUGUUAGUUUUUUGGAUCGUGUGAUACUGCAGCUGGGGACGGCAGGUGUUCAGAUUUCCCUGGAACAAGGUGGCAGGGUUCAGCUGAAUGACAAAGUGCUGACACUCAACGCCACAGCUCAGGUGAUCCACGGUGUGGAGGUCUCCAGAGUCCAGACAGGAGUGACUGCUAAGAUAUCAGCCUCCAACUACACGGUUUCUGUCCUCUUUGAUGGUUACACAGCACUAAUCCACAUGACAGGACCAAGUGGAGGACACGUGUUAGGUUUAUGUGGCAAUUCCAGCAGGUCUUUGAUUCAAGAGAAGGUUACUGAACACUCUGCCGCCGGCUGUGAGAUACAGUAUGAUGACGCUGCUGAUAGUACAAUCAACUGCAACACCACAACUGAAUGGUGUAAUAGCCUGAAGCAGGCCCCCUUCACUGCUUGCAAUAAGCACAUCAACCCAGAACCCUUCAUAACUGCCUGCACACGCACUUUGUGCAAAUACCCUGCAGUGGAUGGCCUCAAGUGCCAGUUCCUGGAGUCCUACGCCAGGGCCUGCAGCCACCACAGCAAUGUCACGAUGGAGAGCUGGAGGUCAAAGACCAGCUGCCUUGCUGUCCCUCAGGCCUUCUGUCAGGACAGGUUCUGCAGUGCUCACGAGUUCUGUGGUGAGAGCAUUGGUGGGGAACCCCGAUGCCUCUGUCGGGCCAUUUUUGCCUCCAAGUACAGAUCAACAAGCACUUUUGGUGAGCCGACGGUUUGCGAGCACAAAUCUGCUUCGUUAAACCUGGCUAAUUGUCUCUUGGAGGAGAAAUACAUCGACUACUCUGUAUUACACCUCAAUGACCAGGCCUGCAAAGCUGAAAUGGACAACUUGACCCACAUGGUGACGUUCAACUUCGAUAGCGACAACACUUGUGGUACAGUGGUCAUUGCAAACAACAGUGAAAUUAUCUACAAGAACACCAUCAUGAGACGGAACAUCUCCACAUUUGGCCUAAUCAACCGCCAAAGCCCAGUGCUUAUUGACUUCUCUUGUUAUUACAGUCAGCCGGAUAUCGAGAGCUUUUCCAUCAAAAUCAAACAGAGCUCUGUGAUCCAGCAGAUGAUUUCUGGAAAAUGGAAUUACAAUCUGACCAUGACGGCCUACACCGAUGCUGAGCGCACAAACACUAUCCAGCCAAGCACCGACGUCCAACUGGACGAGAAAAUCUGGGUGGAGCUUAAGACGGAUGGGCUCGAUGAAAACAUGGUCGUCGUGGUGACUGACUCCUGCUGGGCAACCGAUCAGCCUUCGCCAAGUGGAAGCCUGAGAUAUGACCUCAUCAUCGAUGGCUGCCCUAACUCUGCUGACCAGACGGUGAAAGUGGAAGGCAAUGGACUGGGAACGUCCAACUACUUCUCUUUCAAGACGUUCCAGUUCACUGGCGAGACUGGUGACAUCUAUUUGCACUGCAUAUUGGAACUGUGUAUCACGCAGAAUAAUGCUUGUGCCCCGAGCUGCAGCCAGGGUGGGAGAAGGCGCAGAUCUGCUAUGUCAAAAUAUGAUGAAAACCCUGCCUUCAUCACCAUGGCCUGGACUUAUUAGGUUUCCCUGGAGAUUUGGACUGACCAACGAGCUGAAGACCCACAAUGAUGCCAUGAUGCUGUUGGUUUUGCCCUGAUGAAGAGUCUGGGAUCAGUUAUCAUUGCUGUGAAUCUAUACCAGCACAUAUAAGUGUAAUAACCAGACUCAUAUACUGAUCUUUUUCUAGCCUUAAAUUAGUUUGGUCUUGUUGUGGGUUUCUAGGGUAGUUUCCUCUGAGAUGGUGAAAAUGUUUUCUACAGCAUUGGAGAGAUAUUGAGUUUUUUAGCAGCUUCUGAUGCAGACAAAACCAUUAACUGUCAGAUUGCCUGGAAGAAAGCAUUCACCAUUACUUGAUAAGUGAACACAUAAACAUGGAUACUGUAAGAAUUCUGGGCAAAUGUUGUAUGAAAUAUGUUUCAAUGUGUGGCUCAACCUUUGGUAAUUUACAGACAAUAAAGACAUGCAAAGUUGAUUGUAUAAGGUUCUGUAAAUAUGCAUAUUAACUUUGAGAAGGAGGUGAAAGUCCCACCAUGUUCCUGUAGAGUUUUUUGUGAUUGCUGGAACCCAAAAAGGACUGAACUGGACUUGCACAGUUCUACUUGUACAGUUCUACUUCUACUUCUGACCAGGUUUGGACAAAAUUGCAAGGUCUUGCAAACAAUGUGGGAAUUGUACGACAUUAAAAUUUGCAACCUUCAGUCUGUGGCCUCAACA